AUGAAAAACACAAUGUGGAUUUAUUUCUUGAUAUUUUUGUCUGAAUUAUGGAGCACAAAUGCAGGACCUAAUGAACACUCCUCCAUGAACCCAAACUCAACUUCUCCGCCUCUUAAAGUUCAUGUUAACAAAAACGCAGCUUUCAAACUUGGGAGCAGCGCAAACCUGACAUGCAGCAAUAAGACGUGGAACGAGACCAUCUACGUUAUCUGGAAUAUAAACUUGAAAUACAAAACCUGUAAGAUCUCCUUGAGCACAGAAGGGGAGAAGUUUGACAGCUGCAAAGAUGGCAAGCUUGUACAAAACACUACCACCAAUCAGUCGUACCUGCACAUCCCAAACUUCUCAUCCAAAGAUGCCGGGAUCUACAGGUGUGAGACGGUGUACAAAGGAGGAAAUGAAAAUUACAACUUUGACGUGACUUUCACAGUUCCUCCAAGUUUUUCUGCCAAGAUAGAGCAGAGGAACCAGACGAUGGUGGCAGUGUGCAGAGCUGAAAGAGGAAAUCCUGCUGCCAACAUCAGCUGGAGUUUUACAGGAAACUCAGAGCCCGAGACAUCCCUGUCUGUCUCAGAGGGAUUUGCUACAGUAGAGAGCGUUUUGAAGCUCCCUGAAGGCAUGAAUCCAGAAAACCUGAGCUGUAUUAUCCAGCACCCAUCCUGGGAUCAAGAGCGGACCAUUCAGGUUCGAAAAGUUCAAAAAGAUUUCAGAUGGCUUUGGGUCUUUAUACCUAUUAUUGGGGUAUUUGUUGUAUUUUUGGCAGGCGGCUCAGUAUUUGCACUACGAAAAGUGAAACUACUAAGACGGUGUCACACGUUGGACACGCAAAACAAAUCACCAUGGACGGAGGAUGUGGAGGAAGUGGAGCCCUAUGCUAGCUAUGUUCAACGUGUAAACUCAAUCUACAACUAAUCUGCAGACGUGUCUGCAAAACGAAAAGAAAAAAAAACAAAUCCUGCACAUGCAACAGAGUCACACACUGAAAUCUCAAGACGCUGUGAGAAACUGAAGGCUGUGAAACUAAGAAAUGGUGAAGUAGUACUGAGAUGUCAGAGUGAGAUCAAAAGGU